AUGUCGAUCGUUCCUCAAGGCGAGGUGCCACGGGAGAGCGGUGGUGGGCCGUUCCUGUACCCGCAGUUGAUGACGACGAACUACACAAGCUGGGUGAUUCACGUGAAGGCGAUGAUAGAAGAUCAAGGCGUCUGGGAGGCAGUCGAGCCAGCGGCCGAUGCGGCCGUCGACGAGAAGAAGGACAAGAAGGCGAGAUCACAUCUCUUUCAAGCGCUCCCGGAGGAUCUCCUGAUGGAGGUGGCAAGGAAGAAAACUGCGAAGAAGGUCUGGGAUUGUCUCAAGACAAGGCUCGUUGGCGCGGAUCAUGUUAAGAACGUGCAACUUCUAACGUUGAAGAGCGAUUUCAAUGCCAUGUGCAUGCAGGAGGGAGAGAGCCCAGACCAGUACGCCGGAAGGAUCAACAGCAUGCCCGUCAGAAUCGAGCAGUUCUACGACCUCGACAAGAUGUUGUUCAAGGAAGUAGUGGGGCGUCUUAAGGCGUUUGAAGAACAUAGCAGCAACCGCGACCAGGGUGGUCGUGGACGCGACAGAGGCUGUGACAGAGGUGGUCGCAGUGGGAUGUCGCGUAAUGACAAGGAGAGCGGCUCGGGCAGCAGUCGCCGCAACAAGAGCCACAUCAAGUGCUUCAACUGUCACAAGAUGAGGCACUAUGCGAAUGGGUGCAAUGCACUAAAGAAGAAGGAAGAGGAGACACAUCUCACUCGUGCUGACGACACCGAGCCGACCCUGCUACUUGUGGUGUAA